AUGCCAAGAUGCGGUAAUUCAACAUCAUCUCCAUGCUGUAGCGGAGAAAAGAAAUGUAAUGUGUAUUUAAGUAGAGAGAUCCCGGUUACUUUUGGCAGGCUGAAGGAGCUGCAGCUGCUUCAUCUGAGGCAGAAUGAGCUUGUGGGUGAAAUUCCAGUCACAUUGGGUUACUGCCAUCAACUUACUAUCCUGGACAUUGCGGACAAUCAACUAUCUGGUGGCAUUCCAACUAGUUUCGGGUUCCUUCGAGCCCUGGAGCAGCUCAUGCUUUACAACAAUUCACUUGAAGGUAAUCUCCCUGCCUCGUUGAUCAAUUUAGCCAACCUGACAAGAAUAAAUCUCUCCAAGAACAAAAUGAAUGGGAGCAUUGCUCCAUUAUGUGGUUCACGUUCUUUCCUUUCAUUUGAUGUAACAAACAAUGCAUUUGAUGGUGAAAUUCCUGAGGAGCUUGGGAAUUCGCCUACUCUAGAUAGACUAAGAUUAGGGAAAAACAGAUUCACUGGAAGAAUCCCGGUAUCGUUGGGCAUGAUUUGUGAACUGUCGCUGCUAGACCUCUCGGGUAAUUUGCUCACUGGACCUAUACCAGAUGAGCUCAAGUCGUGCAGGAAGUUGAGUCAUGUUGAUUUAAACGACAACUCGCUUUCUGGACCGGUACCGCCAUGGCUGGGUGAUUUGUCUCAACUUGGAGAGCUUCGGCUCUCUUCCAAUCAUUUUUUCGGGGCUCUUCCUCGACAGCUUUUCAAUUCUUCCAAGCUUCUGGUACUGCACCUUGACGGCAACUCGAUCAAUGGGACUCUCCAUGGUGAAAUCGGUGAUUUGUCGUCUCUUAAUAUACUCAACCUCAAUGGAAACCAACUUUCUGGUCCCAUUCCUAAAACCAUAGGCAAGCUAAGCAAUCUAUAUGAGCUGCAGCUCUCAAGGAAUGGUUUCAAUGGUGAUAUACCAACUGAGCUUGGGCAACUAAAGAAUCUCCAAAGCAUUCUAGACCUCAGUUGCAACGACCUCACCGGAAAUAUCCCACCUUUUAUCGGAAUGCUAUCCAAGCUUGAAGCCCUUGAUCUUUCUCACAAUCAACUCAUAGGAGAAGUCCCUCCUCAAAUAGGUGACAUGAGCAGCUUGGGGAAGCUUAAUCUCUCCCACAAUAAUCUCCUAGGCAAAUUAAGCAAACGAUUGUCGCACUGGCCAGCCGAAGCAUUUGAAGGGAACUUAGAUCUUUGUGGAAGCCCUCUUGAUGGUUGUGACAACCUUGGAUCCGGCAAGCAGCGAUCACUAAGUGAAACGUCCGUGGUGGUAGUAUCAGCGAUUUCUACUUUAGCAGCAAUUGCGUUGCUGGUGCUGGUAGUAACCAUCUUCUUGAAACAAAGGAGAGAAUAUUUCAAGAGAGGCAAUGAAGUGAAAUGCACCUACUCUUCUUCCAGUUCUUCCCAAGCAAGGAGAAGGCUACUCUUCCAUCACGGGGCUAAUAAGCAAGACUACAAAUGGGAAGACAUCGUGCAUGCCACGAAAAAUCUAAGCGACGAGUUCGUCAUUGGCUCCGGAGGGUCUGGAACGGUCUACAAAGGGGAAUUUCGAACAGGAGAAACCGUGGCCGUCAAAAAGAUUCUGUGGAAGGAAGAUCUUCUACUGAACAGAAGUUUCACAAGAGAGAUCAGGACACUUGGGAGGAUAAGGCACAGACAUUUGGUGAAGUUGAUGGGGUAUUGUAUAAACAGAGUAGCUGGCUUCAAUCUCCUGAUCUACGAGUACAUGGAGAAUGGAAGUGUGUGGGAUUGGCUGCAUAAGCAGCCGGUAAAUAUCAAGAAGAGCCUUGAUUGGGAGGCUAGGAUAAGGAUUGCCGUCGGAUUAGCCCAAGGAGUGGAGUACCUCCAUCACGACUGUGUGCCGAAGAUUGUUCACAGGGACAUCAAAUCGAGCAAUGUGUUGCUAGAUUCUAACAUGGAAGCACAUUUGGGGGAUUUUGGGCUAGCAAAAUCAGUUGUGGAGAAUUAUGACUCCAUCUCCGACAUAGAAUCGAACUCAUUGUUUGCAGGGUCUUAUGGUUAUAUUGCACCAGAGUACGCUUAUACGCUCAAAGCAACCGAGAAGACCGACGUUUACAGUAUGGGAAUCGUGCUAAUGGAGAUUGUAAGCGGGAAAAUGCCAACUGACAACUUUUUCGGUGUAGAUAUGGACAUGGUGAGAUGGGUGGAAAUGCGUAUCCAAACGCAAGGUUCUGAUCGUGGGGAGCUGAUAGAUCCUACAUUGAAACCGCUCUUACCUUGCGAGGAGUCUGCAGCAUAUCAGGUGCUUGAAAUAGCACUGCAGUGCACGAGAACGGUCGCGCAGGAGCGGCCGUCCGCCCGUCAAGCCAGUGAUCUCCUCAUCAAUGUAUUGAACAACAGGAAGGUGGUUACUGACAAGGUGAAUAUGGAGCCCCACAAAUGACAGUUUAAAAUCAACAUCAUCUCACAGUGUGCGAUCUUGCAUUUAAACACAUUACUCUAAAGUUAUGCGGAAGUUGGAGUGACUGUGUGAGGUU